GCGGCCAUGGGGGGUCCCAGGAUCGGGCCCCUCCUGCUGCUCGUGGCUGGAGCGGGAGCGAUGCUGCGCAUCCCCCUGGAGAGGGGGCCCUGGGUGCCCCCCAAGUUUUGGGGGAGCGGGGGGGGUCCCCGCAGCCGCAGUGGGGGAGGGGCGGCGGCUCCCGCGCGGCUCCACAACUACAUGGACGCCCAGUACUACGGGACCAUCUCGCUGGGGACCCCUCCCCAGAAUUUCCGCGUCAUUUUCGACACGGGCUCGGCCGAUCUCUGGGUGCCGUCAUCGCGCUGCUGCCUGCUCUACCUGGCCUGCUGGCUGCACCCCCAUUACCAGCCCGGGCUGUCCUGCACCCACCGGGCCAACGGCACCGCCUUCGCCAUCAGCUACGGCAGCGGCAGCCUGAGGGGCUUCCUGAGCACCGACACCCUCACGGUGUCCAAUGUCUCGGUCCCCAACCAGACGUUUGCCGAGGCGGUGGCCCUGCCUGGCCUGGCGUUUGCGGCCGCGCGUUUCGAUGGCGUCCUGGGCCUGGCGUUCCCCGGCGCCGCCGCCGGCCCCGCGCGCCCGGUGUUCGACAACAUGAUGGAGCAGGGGCUGUUCCGCAACAACGUCUUCUCCUUCCACCUGCGCAGUGGGGCGUCGGAGGGCGACGGGGGGGAGCUGCUUUUGGGGGGCAUCGACGAGGGACAGUUCGAGGGACCCCUGCACUACAUCCCCGUGUCCCGAAAGAGCUACUGGCAGGUGCACAUGGACAGGCUGUCGGUGGGGUCCCCGGGGGUCUCGGGGUGCCGGGACCCCCCCCUGUGCGGGGGUGGCUGCGAGGCCAUCGUGGACACGGGGACAUCGCUGAUCACCGGGCCCAGCGCCGAGGUGGCCGCGCUGCACCGGGCGCUGGGGGGGGUCCCGCACGGCGGGGGGGCAGGUACGGACCCCUCCCCAAAUUCCCUCGGGGUCCUGGGACACCUUGGGGCGGGGGGGCAGUACCUGCUGGACUGUGACAAGGUCCCGUCCCUGCCCAACGUCACCUUCGUCCUGGGGGGGAAGGAGUUCACGCUCGACCCCCAGCACUACGUGCUCCAGGUGUCACAGUGGGGGACCCCCACGUGUGUCAGUGGUUUCAUGGCUCUCGAUGUCCCCCCGCCCGCGGGUCCCCUCUGGAUCCUCGGGGACGUUUUCCUGGCGCGUCACUACGCCGUGUUCGACCGGGACCGCGCCCGCGUGGGGCUGGCCCCCAGCAAGUGACACCUGGGGACACCUGGGGGGACACCUGGGGACACCUGGGGACACCUGGGGACACAC